CAUUAGUUGGAGUUGCCGUGAUGAUAGCAGGUGUGUGCACGGCUUACAGCCCAGACGCAGUCGGGUUCACCUGUGACAACCUCUGAUGGAGCAGCCUCUGCUCGCUCCGCAUUACGUCCCGGUCAUCUUCUACUGUUGUUGUUGUUACACUACACUGUGGAAACGAUGCUUGGUAUUCACUGUGAUGGCACACGGUCACACAGGCUCGCAUGCACUGGUUAACAGGUCUGCGACCGUGGAGCGUCCACUUCUCUUGCAUAAUUGUGUCCGGGCGUGCCGUGCACUCUCUCUCUCUGUUCUCCGGAGCCCCGCAGUGUCGCCGAAAUUAACAUCACGGACUCUUUUUUUCUUUCUGAGAAUUUAUCUUAGAUAAUACCCAGAUAUCUUUUCGCGCGCGCUCAGCGUCGUUCCACAACACCGGUCUCCGGUUGAGGCUGCUCAUCUGGCAGCAGGUGGUGUAACAUGUGGACCGGGGAAGUCACCCGCUUCUCCCCGUGAUUGUCGGGAAAACGGUUAAGGCGGUAUAGGUAGGAAGGCGGUGAGGCGCUCGCUCAGGCACGGUACAGAGGUGAGAAAAGUGACCGACAGUGACACGGGAUGCUCGGCCAGUCCCCUCACCUUAUCGGCGGCAUCUUGUGGAUCCAGAAUCCAAUGAGAGCUGUUCACUGCAACCUGAGCCAGAAUGGCAUCGACCACCAGAUGUGCCCGGAGGACAUGACGUCACAGCUGGAGGAAGAGGAGGAGUCGGUGGACGCGGGGGCUGCCCUGCUGGACGACGACAGCCCGAGCUACCGGGACGUCAGCCCGCCCAUGUACCAGCGCCGCCCGCCACCACACCGCUCCGUCUCCGAGUCGGAGCUGUCGCGGCCAGGAUAUGUGAAGCUGUCCAAGCCGGUGGCCCUAUGGACCCAACAGGACGUUUGCAAGUGGCUGAAGAAACACUGUCCCAAUCAGCACCAGAUCUACAGCGACUCCUUCAAACAGCACGACAUCACAGGGCGGGCUCUGAUGAGAUUGACAGACAGAAAGCUGGAGAGAAUGGGCAUCAUGCAAGAAGCCCAGAGGCAGCACAUCCUGCAGCAGGUCCUGCAGCUUCGCGUCCGGGAGGAAGUCAGGACCCUUCAACUUCUCACACAAGCCUCUCUGGAGUGCAGUCCAUCUUCACCAUAGCCCGAAGGAGGAGGAUGCCAACCGCCCACCAGCCUUGCCAACAUCCACCCCCAAUAUGUGAUCCCCCCGAACGUGGAACAAUCUCAGCUGUCCGUCUCACACCUUUGGUCUCCCUCCUCGUCCGAUCUGAGAAAAGAAAAGAAAAAAAUUUCCCAGCCACUCCUGAGAAAGCUCUCACGAGUUCUGACUCGCAGUUUCCCUCCCAGUCCAAACAAUCCCUCAGAGCUUCCUGGAAUCCGCCCAAUAGUUUCCAUUACAGCCGCCCAUCUUCAGUCAUUUCGGACCCUUUUGAAGCCGGGCCGCCACCAGACCUCUCACGCUACGCCUCCUACGCACCUCUCAGAACCACUUCGCUCUCCUCUCCCUCAAGAUCCGCGCCUAAAAGCCCCCUCCCCUUAACCUACCCAGAAUUCAUCACUCGCUUUGGCUGGGUUUCCUAAAAGCAUUCAAACGCACGGAUGAUCUCCGCACCAUCGCCUUGGGAUUGGACGCUAGUCCGUGUGCUGAUUUGCUUUUCGGGGAAACCUAACCCUCGCAGUAAAAACCGACAUCUAUAACCCACUUCUUCGUCCAGACGCGAUCUCUUGGUCUGUUUGUGGCAUGUUAGCUCCUUCAUCCUAGCGCCUCAGUUCUAACCGUACGUGCUCUUGCUGUGAGCUCUGCCCUAUUAGACUUCCAGUAGUGGCAACAUAACUGCAACCCAUCAGAUAUUGCCCCAACUCCUUCCUUUAAUCUCCAUCUUUAUCUCCCGCCACAACCACAAAAGGGGCGACGCAUUUUACCCCGCAGCCACGCGUGUGUGUUUUGUGCUCUCAUCCUGUGCGUAGCUCGCCCCGUGAACGUCCGGUGAAGUGUCCGUAUGCUGUCCUCGCUCUUCGCCCUCUCCAUAUUGCGGAUCACCCUGUUAGGUUAGACAGUAAGCGUUGAGAGAACUUCACUGUGGAAACAGCCGAGAGUUCUUCGGGGGGGGGUGAACACGGAACCCGGCGUCGCAUUAAGCGCGGUUAAGUCGGCUCCCUCCGAAAUGAGCGACGUCGCUGUGAAAAGCAAUCUGAAGGAGAUGGAGCGGAACCUUAGGGGAGGGCGGGGCGGGGCGGGGCAGGGGGGAUAAACUGCGCUAAGGAAAUUCCCUCCGUGUCCCUAAACGUACUGUGUAGGUGAACCGGGAAAGAAGGGAGAAGGAGUGGCUGACUGAAAAAAAGAAAAACAAAAGGAGCAGGAAGAGCAAAAAGGGCUCCGUAAAGCAAUAGAGACGCUUCGACUUGGAACUCUUUACGGCCAAUGAGGAGAGGAGAGGAAGACAACAAGACAUCACAGAUAACUUUCUCAUAUCCUGCCCUCUGUAUCGCCGACUCUUUUAUUGCUUUGUCUGUUCUCCCAUCUCGCGGCUUGAAACUAUUUUCAGAUGAGAUGUAUUGGGGGGGGAAAUAGUGUAGAAAAGGAGACGUGCUGUGAACAAAUGCUCAUCAUGGAAAUGUUGUCUGUCAGUCUAUUAGGAAGAUAUUGUAUUCAUCUGUGAUGGGGAAACCCAGAAAUCUCUGCUGUCGAUGUGAAUAAUGGCCUCUCACUGUUGAUAUUCUAGGUGUUUUUGACUGCACUUAAAGAAAAAGCACAGGUGUCUGUCACUAAACCAAACAGCUGUUACUCGGACCAUCUUCUUCACCAUGUGUGUGAGUGUAAAGGCAUUCUAUCAAAUCCUGACCUCUCAAUAUCAGAUGCUGGUUUCAGUGUACUGGAGCGAUAUUUAGCAAAAAGCUCGCAUCCACGCCGGCGUAGCAUGAGCUGUUGUCAUGGUAACAACAUCUUUCCCUUCCUGGACUGGAGCUGUCAAUCAGAGGUGCAUAAAAUAGCUGCUGCGGUUCAGGGUGUGGGUUGUGGAGGGGGGGCAGCGUCUGCCCCAGAGAGCCAUUGCGCUUUAAUGGGAUUCUAUUUGUACAGGAGUCCCUCUGUGUCCAGCCAUCCAUUGUUUGGAUAGCAGCUGUAGCCUAAUGCGGCCAAGACCCUGUGAGCAGAUUGAAUAUUAUUGAUCAACUCUUCGGGACAUGCAGUCGGUCCUCCAGGACUACAAAAGCCUCAAGGAGCGUGUGUGUGUGUGUGUGUGUGUGUGUGUGUGUGUGUGCGCGUGUGUGUGCGUGCAUGCCGACAGUCACAUAGGAAUGGAGUUGUUCGGGCUAAAACACAAGUGGCUAUUUCACGGUCGAGCGGAGAUGCCGUGUCCAUGCCUGUCAAGGCCACCGGGGGGGGGGGGGGGGUGCUGAAGCUUCCGUUAAGUUUGGAAUUCCUCCACUGUCAAUAUGUGAACUGGGAGAGAUGGUGAGCAGUGGUAAAAGGUUGGCGAGCUUGAUAAGAUCCCAUGAUUUUGUGAUAUAACUAUUUUCAUCAAUAUAAUGAAUUAAAUGAUGAUGAUGAUGAUAUUGUUUAAAAUAUUCAAUGUCACCUCUUAUUGUCAUUAAAGUAAGAGUUAGACAUGUUGGGAGAUGCACUUAUUCUUUGAGAUGAGAACAUUGGGUUCACUCUCAUGUCUGUGUAUGAAGCUACCGUCAGCGCGAUCCAUUAGCUUAGCUUAGCAUAAAGACUGGAAACAGCUAGCCUUACUCCGUCCAAAGGCAACACCAGCACCUUUAAAGCUCACUAAUGAAGAAGAGUAACAUCUUAUUUGUCUAAUUGUCAUUUGUGAAGUUCGGGGGUUUUUUUGGUGACCCCUGACAAAUCAGGUUCAAAUGUAUCUCACAAUAAUCAAGCAAAAGUUAUCGUCUGCUUAUUCGCUUCCUUACCACGAGUUAGAUGACGUGAUCAACACCACUCGUCCAUUAAAUAUUAACCUACAUUCUGAAGUCAGUUAGCCUAACGUACAAACUGUUUGUGUCCAAAGCAAGCGGCUACAUCAGGUGCGGAGAAAUUAAGCCAACGCAGAGAAGCCAAAAACUGCAGAUCCAUUAUUAAAUGGCCACUCGAUGCUGGCUCCAUGACGGAGGAAAUCCCCAGAGACCCCCCCUUGUAAAAAAUACCCAACUUCACAUGUUAGAUGGCCACAUCUGGACACACAAUAAGCUUCACUUUGGCUCUUCGGAAACCUAUGGGUGACGUCACGGAGACUAUGUCUAUGUUUUAUUCAAUCUAUAGUCCAAAGCCACAUCUAGAGCUGUUUAUCUGUACACAAACCGCUAACGGUGGAAGAUACAUUUCCGCAGCUUUAGACAAGAGUCUAAAGUAGUUAUGUCCCUGUUUCCAGAUUUUAUGCUAUGCUAAGCUAAACUAACUGGCUGCUGACUGUAGCUUCAUUUAGCACACAGACAUGAGAUUGACAUGGAUCUCCUCAUCUUAAAUCGUGGCAAGACGGAAAAAACAAAUGUCAAACUAACUAAGUUUUGCUCGGAUACAGUAAGACGCCUUCACAUUUGCACAUACGGGCCUGACAAAACCAAGGUCCGUGCAUUCCCAUAAUCUGUCGGGGGGAACACAAGGCUGACUUUUUUUUUUUGUGAUCUUACAGCAUAUCAACCACUUGCAUUGAAUUUCAUCAUACUUUUGAUUGCGUGGCCCUGUAAAGAAAGCACUGUGUUUUUGCUCUUACCACCCAUUCCAAUGUGGCUGUAAAGGAUUAUUGAAAGCAUUUGUGUCAAAAUAUAUUCUCCCAAAUCGUCUUUGAAAUAAAUUUCCACAAACAUCACGCAGGCGGUCUAAACUUCUGGAUUUGCUUGCAGGCUGUCCACCACAUAACAAAUGUAGCAGUGUGUUUAACCCUGGGUGUAUGCAUUCAAAUAUUGAUUCCUUGUCGUUACUCUCCGGUGUGUGCUCCUGCUCCACUCAUGCAACGGUGGGGGAGGGGGGGGUGGUUCUGGCUCUGAUAUCCAGGUAUAACCAGCUCCAGAUCUGGCAACUAUGCCAAGUUGUCCGUGGACUUGCCUGAACUGGCUCAGCCCACAGUACCUGUAAGAGGUUUGGCACGCACUCCCAGACGCUGGUACACAGUUACACAAGGGACCGCCACAACGAACCUCACACAACGUUAUUGCACAACGACUUUCACACAUGCUGGCACGCACGUUAAAACGCACACAGACCCAGACUUGCGCACACGACGCCACUACAUAUUCCUCAAUAAAUUAGCAGUAAAAACCGGUUUCACAUUAUGUAAACAAGUGGAGUAGCAAACAUGUAGACAACUCCUCAACGCACAAUCCAAACAGAAGAUUCUUUUUUUCUCUCUGCCGCGUUGACAGCAUGUUCCGAUUCAUGUUUUAUGUAACCAACAGGCAUGCAGACCAAGUCUCUACUCCCAAUCUAUCCACAUACUGUAUAAGGUGCCUAAUGAUGGAUAUUAAUGACGAUAUUGACAUCAUGAGUAUGUAUAAUAAACAGAUUAAUCUUCAUGUAUAAGGUGUUCUCCGUUUAUUCUACGUGUAAUUGGCCAACCGUGAUGUUACUCUUUCUAAAUCUGUUCGCUCCGGCUGUGUGUGUAUGUGUGUGUGUGUGUGUGUGUGUGUGUGUGUGUGUCUACUCAAGCUCAUGCAUGCUGUAGACUGCAAAAACAGAUUACCUGACAGAUGUGGCAGAUGUUGUGGCUUGGAGAGGUGCGACGUUGCAUUUUGGGCCUCUAGACCCUGCAGGAGAUGCUGUGGAUCACAACUGGGAGUGACUGUGAGUAUGCGUAGUGAGCGCGGCCAGAGGUUGAAAUGUUGUUUUCUAUUUUUUCUCACAGACAUCAGCAGUAGCCACAGCAUUUGCACGUUAUCACCUCCGUUGUGUUUUUAAUAGCAUCUGCAGAGGCAAAUAAACCUUCAAGUUAAGUGAAAUGAUGUUAAAGGAACCAUUGAGAAUUUGAGAAAAUACUCUUAUUUGCUUUCUUAAGAAAGUGGAUACCACUCUUAUGGGGCCACUAUUGUAGCAAAACUGUUUGCAAAAGUGUGUGGAGAGCUGUAUCUUAAUCUGUGCGUGCGUAAUCAGAUUCUUAAAUGUGUAAAACGAUCUGAGGAUUGUGAUUGGGUGAGGAAUGUGAACACUGUAGACACUGUUAUCUCUGUCGGCACUGUUGGCGCCGUUUGCUGCAAGCCGCCAACUCAGCCGUCUCCAUGUUUGAGAGCCCUGCGGCAGCAAUAGAAUUGCUCUGAAUUCCGUAUUGGGCACCUUUUAAUUAAUUAUUCAUAGCAGUUAGUUAAGCCAUUCGAUAAAACUUUGAUAUGCUUUAUAUAGUGUGAAAAUCAGCUUGUUCUCUCCUUGGGGAAAAAAAACAGACUCAAAAGUAUUUAUAUGUUUUUUGCAAUAACGGAGACACCAUCUUCUUGUUAUGACACGAGGGAACGGGUUGCGUGAGAGACGCGGUCUUGAUUUUCAGAAACUAAUCGCACCAAAAAGUAUCACGUUUAAAUCCAACAACGAAACUGAUGCCACACACACUGCGGUACCUCUGCUACAUGUGCUGCAGGGUUGGGUGAGUGAGGAGGAGGAGGAGGAGGAUAACAGGCGUGAGGGAUGAAGAGAAAGAGAGAUAUGACAGAAAAUCGCUAGCACUCAGUCCCCUGCCUGCCUCUCCUGAUACCUGCAACACACACCCUCAGCACUCUGGGUUCUUACCGCCUGCCUGCAUGAGAUCUCCACAGUUUUUUUUGUUUUUUUUCUUCUAUAUGUCUGCAAAAUCCCCCCGUCUCUCUUUUCUUUCUUUUAACUUUCGCUGCUCUACUUAAAUCCAUCACCUAUUCCGCGUGAGCCAGCAUCUCUCUCACCUGUUUUUUCUUCCUCCCUCCUGCUAUCAUUUUAUCGCCUCACACUUUUUCCGCUGCGUCUAUUUCUGUAACCGUGUUUUCUCUGUCGCCGUGGAUACAUCACUUUUUUUUCUCUCCUCCUCCUCCUCUUCUUCAUUCAUUGGCUUUUUUCAUUGGCCCUCCCUCUCCUGUGUGUGCGUUUCAGCCUCAUCCUCGGCCCCGGCUGUUGCGCGCGACGCUCCAUCCUCCUCCGUCACGCGUUCACGUGGAGCGCGAAGCAGGCGGCUGCAUGAAUUAAACAUCUUAGGCCGCGCACACGCUGAGCCCCUUUGGAGUGUCAGGAGGAGCACUUGUACUCAGUUAAGGAGGGCUCUGGCCACACACACACACACACCGUGAAUGUUUGUCACCGUGUGUGUGUGUGUGUGUUUAUAUUCUACAUUGAGCAGUGAGGGUUGACACGUCUGUUUCCUUCAUGUUCUGGAGAGAAGGAGCGAGGAGGCUGCCUUCAGUGCUUAAGCUUUGCCGCCGCGACAAAGAAAAGUUUCUCUUUCUCAUGCUCUGCUCGUCUCUCCCCGUCUCUUAUCUCGUUUGAUUUCUCGGUACGUGUUGUUUUCAACUAGUGGUUUGCGUCAAAACAGUUUUAUUUAUGCUUUGCCCCCCUCUCCCUUAUCCCCCCCCUCCCCUUGUUCUAUUCUCCCGCUUUUCAUUUUCCCACUUUUAUUCGACUUCUUUUUCUUUUGUUUUUGAUCUUUUGUUUUUCGUCCUUGUGUUGUCUUUCAUCUAUAUCCCCCCCUCCCUAC